AUGGACGCCACAUUAACGGCUACCCAGUACGCGAUUGAGUGCUGGUGCACAUCCGAGCCCAAGGAUCAGGUCGACUAUGCCUGCCACGGAGAGGGAGCGCUGUGCAACUACGAUUGCGCCGGCGAUGAGGACGAAUCGUGCGGUGGUUUGAGUGCUUUCGAUGUAUACCGCAUCGGCGCGGCCUACACUACGAGUGACGGCGACACAGCCCCCACGCCCGUCGACGGCGAAGCCAACAACGAUCAAGACAACCGCACCGAAGGAGAUGGCGACACAGCCCCCACGCCCGUCGACGGCGAAACCAACAACUAUCAAGACAACGGCACCGAAGGAGACGGCGACACAGCUCCCACGCCAGUCGACGGCGGAACCGACAACGAUCAAGGCAACCACACGGACGGUGAAACGGAGACAACACCAAGUGAUGUGACAAUAGAAGGAGCGCUUAGUGAGGACAUCGUCCGGAUCAUCGACGUCGAAGGUGUUGUUCCAGGUGGCGCAAGUUGGUCUGACAGCUACUCGGUCGGAAGCAAGUGCUACAUGCAGACCACGUUUGACCACGACAUUGGCGAGGUGGUGGUGGACCCACCGCAAGGACCCAUGAAAAUUGGAGAGCUCUUUGACCUUCUAGAACUUGGACCCGGAUCUCAAGAUCAGCCCCUCUACAACGACAUCCAAUGUGAAAACGGCCCAACCAACUCCCAUCAAAUACUCGAUAAAAUCCUUUGCCCUGGGCUGGUGCAAUACGGUAUUAAAGACUGCGGCCAGAUCGGUCCUUUGAGGGACCUUUCAGAGCUCGAGUAG